AUGGAUCUUUUCAGCCCUACAAGCAAGAGAAAGAGAGAUGGUGAGGAGGAUACCAAGAAGAUGGCUAAACUCACAGAGAGAGACCUCUAUGCUGUGACUUCGUCUAACGAAUGGCCCUUGUAUAACCAUCCUGAAGGUGGAACCAUCAAAAUCACGCCUUGGGGUGCUCUUCGUCAGUAUACUGUCAAUGGUGAGAUGGUUACCAGGUUUGAAGACGUUUCCUUCAACGACUACGACUUUAGCAACAUCCCUCCUCCACAGCCCCCUAUGGUCAACCAGGGUGAAAUGCCCACCACGCCAAUGUCACUUAGCGUGUCCAAUCGGUCGUCUCCGGCUCCUGGCGAGAUGCAAGUGAGUCCAUCGUGUGAGGCUGAAGGUUACGUUGUGGAAGGCUACAGAGGCGAACAGCGUGGUUUCGAAAGAGAACAGGAACAUUUUUUUGGCAUGAUGGACCAGGACGGUGAUGAUUAG